AUGGUGGGAGACAAGGCGAGAGGGGAGAUGAACGCUUUUCAGAGAAACGAAUCCAAGGAAACUUUGUUCACUUUUAUUUCUGCAGGAGAUGAUCCUCCCAAAGGAGAUUUCCCUGUUCAGAAAAAAUCCCCGAAACUCUGUGGCUCCAAUUACCCCCUAAGCAUUGCCUUCAUCGUGGUGAACGAGUUCUGUGAGCGCUUCUCCUACUAUGGCAUGAGAGCUGUCCUGACACUAUAUUUCUUAAGCUUCUUCCACUGGGAUGAGAAUCUCUCCACUGCUGUGUACCAUGCCUUUUCUGCGCUCUGUUAUUUCACACCUGUCAUUGGAGCCAUCAUGGCAGACUCAUGGCUUGGGAAGUACAAGACGAUCAUCUACCUCUCCAUUGUGUAUGUGGUUGGCCACCUGAUAAAGUCAGUCGGUGCAAUUCCAUCCCUAGGCAACCAGGCAGUUCAUGUGAUCCUGUCUAUGGUUGGUCUGUUUUUGAUCGCCCUUGGAACGGGAGGUAUCAAGCCCUGUGUCUCUGCAUUUGGUGGGGACCAGUUUGAAGAGGAACAUACCUCGGAGAGAAGCAAGUUUUUUUCCAUCUUCUAUUUAUCCAUUAAUGCUGGAAGUUUGAUCUCCACGUUUGUAACUCCUGUAUUAAGAGGGGAUGUGAAAUGUUUUGGAGAGGAUUGUUAUGCACUGGCAUUCGGUGUCCCAGCAGCACUGAUGGUGUUGGCUCUUGUUGUGUUCAUUGCUGGAAGUGGACUGUACAGAAAAACGCCACCACAAGGGAACGUCUUACUUGAAGUGUGCAAAUGCAUCGGCUUUGCUCUUAAAAACCGGCUGAAAAACCGCUCCCGUCAGAUUCCAAAGAGAGAUCACUGGCUGGACUGGGCAUCAGAAAAAUACUCGAAACAGCUGAUUGGGGAGGUUAAAAUGGUGACACGUGUUCUCUUCCUCUUCAUACCACUGCCGAUGUUCUGGGCCCUGUUUGAUCAGCAGGGAUCCAGGUGGACUUUGCAGGCCACAAAAAUGAAUGCUGAUUUUGGAGUGUAUGUCCUUCAGCCUGACCAAAUGCAGUUCUUAAAUCCACUUCUUAUUCUUGUCUUCAUCCCAGUUUUUGACCUUGGGCUCUACCCCCUGAUAAACAUGUGCAAAUUUAAUUUCACACCUAUUAGGAAAAUGGCAACAGGUAUGAUCCUUGCAGCCAUGGCAUUUGGACUUGCAGCCAUUGUAGAAGUCAAAAUAAAUGAAACUGAUAUGCCUCGACUUGUCCCAGGAGAAAGUUUAAUUCGGGUCCUGAAUUUGGCAAAGAACCCUGUUCAAGUGACAGUCCAAGACCAAGACCUAUUUCAGCAGCCUGUGGAUGCUUUUCAGAACCCAGCUGAGUACUCAAAAUUAAUAUUGAAUGGAGAGCAACAGAGCCUUCGCUUCACCCUGCAACGUCAAGGAUUGUCUCUUGCUUUUAACUACACCGUGAAGGAAAAAUCAGUAUACAGCUUAAUUGUUUUUGAGGCAGAAGGAAGCCUAUCAAGCCGCUUAAUUACAGACUUGGAAGCAAAGCCAGAAAAUGGUUUGGCAGCUGUUAGAUUCAUUAAUGGUUUGAGCCAAGAUGUCAACCUCACCAUUGACAGCAAACGGUUCAUUGCUGUUCAGAAAAACUACAGUGCUUCUGAGUACUUGCUGCUAGAGAGGGACAAAUAUAAUAAUGGAAAAUGCAUAACUGAAACAGGAGAAUUCACCCUGGAGCUAGGGCUGCUCGACUUUGGCGCAUCAUACACCAUUGUGAUAACUAACGUUUCUGGAGGCGCUGUUAAGACAUGGAAGUCUGAAGACAUCAAAGCCAACAAUGUCCAUAUGGCUUGGCAGUUACCACAGUACUUAUUAAUAUCUGCUGGGGAGGUGAUGUUCUCCAUUACGGGUCUGGCCUUCUCCUAUUCUCAGUCUCCAGCCAGCAUGAAGUCGGUGCUGCAGGCAGGCUGGCUGCUCACCGUGGCUGUUGGGAAUACACUUGUGCUCGUUGUUGCCCAGGCUGCACCAAUGGCACAGUGGGCUGAAUUUGUCUUGUUCACUGUUCUCCUCUUUGCUGUGUGCGUUGUUUUCUCCAUCAUGGGAUAUUUCUAUGUCAGUGUGGAUCCAGAGGACGUAGAAGAAAAGGAAGAGAAGAGACAGUCCCCAAGCAGAGGAAACAUGAUUAGUCUUGUUACGCAGAAAACAAAGCUCUAA